AUGGUAACAUCCAUGGUCAUCACUAUUUUUCUCUUGUUACUCUUCUCUACUCAUCAUCACCAUCAUAUCACGUGCACCACCACUACCACCACCACCACUCAACGCUUUAAACAAGCACCUAAAUUUUAUAAUUCCCCAAACUGCCCCUCACAACCCACCGACGCCACGUGCUCCGACGAAGCCGUCCACGUCGCAAUGACACUAGACGUGAAAUACCUCCGCGGCUCCAUGGCCGCUAUUCUCUCCGUUCUUCAACACUCUUCAUGUCCGGAAAACAUCAUCUUCCAUUUCGUCACUGCCGUGUCAAAAUCCACAACCUCCAAUAUCAUCCUAAACACUACACUCACAAACUCAUUCCCUUAUUUGAAAUUCCAAAUAUACCCCUUCGACGAUAACACUGUUUCCGGUUUAAUCUCAACUUCAAUCCGUUCAGCGCUCGAUUGUCCUCUCAAUUACGCGCGAAAUUACAUGGCUAACCUUCUUCCUGAUUGUGUACAGAAGAUCGUUUACCUUGACUCCGAUCUAAUACUCAUUGACGACAUUGCGAAACUCGCUGCGACGCCGUUUACGAACGGCGCUGUUUUAGCUGCACCGGAAUACUGUAACGCUAAUUUUAGCAACUAUUUUACGCCGACGUUUUGGUCGAAUCCUUCGCUUUCGAUAACUUUCGCGAACCGUAAGGCUUGUUACUUCAACACCGGAGUUAUGGUUAUUGAUUUGGAGCGGUGGAGGAUUGGAGGCUAUACGGAGGAGAUUCAGGAAUGGAUGGAGCUUCAGAAGAGAAUGAGGAUCUACGAGCUUGGUUCGUUGCCGCCGUUUUUGCUUGUUUUCGCCGGGAAAAUAGUUCCGGUUGAUCACCGGUGGAAUCAGCACGGGCUUGGCGGUGAUAAUUUCCGUGGGCUUUGUAGAGGCUUACAUCCCGGGCCGGUUAGUCUUAUGCAUUGGAGUGGAAAGGGUAAACCGUGGGUCAGGCUUGACGCUAACCGUCCUUGUCCUUUGGAUGCUUUGUGGGACCCGUAUGAUCUUCUAGAAACACCUUUUGCUCUUGAGACCUAG